AUGUCAAUUCCAUUAACGCUUCGAGCACUUCAUAUCACUCUUAUCGUUGGGCUAAUCGGUAUAUUCGGUUUCAAUCUCUAUGCACAAAUAAAAGACGCCGGCGUAAUAACUCAAUCGUUCUCAGUGGUAACAAACGACUCAUUGGUCCCGCCAGCACUCACUUUCUGCAUUUCCGAGAGCACUGGCUAUACGUUUAAUGUUACCGUCUAUGGCGAAACAGUUUCUGCCGAUGCCUUCUUACAAACAUUCCCAACGGAUAAUCCCUUGGUCUCAACGUUAAAAUCGAUCGUCAGCGACUGCUGGAUAUUGGCAGCACCAGGAAAUGCGUCUAUCAUUCGUAAUCCGCCCCCAACCCCAAACGUGCCCGAGUUUUUACUUACAUACUCGAGAGACCUUUCUUAUGAGCCUAGAAAUGUGACUACAUUGUUUCUGAAUAUAUUCGACCCAUUGCAGAGAAGCUCGUUGUUUGAUUUCAAUAGAUUCUUAUUAGUGGAUACGGACAAGAAUAGAGCAGUCAUAUUCACACGAAUACAGUCUUUUAAUAUCUAUGGAGAAGUAACGAAUGAUGUGCAGUAUCAAAUCAUUGAAGAGUUUAGGGAUCCCACUUGGACUGUGCCUGGCGUUAGUGCCAAAAGUCAGAUUAGAAUCAGACCUGCCUCUUUUGAUAUACACCAAACAACGUCAGUUCGAAAUACAACAGUCUGGACGAUCAUCCGGGACAGCUUUACACUUCUCGGAGUUCUUUACGGCAGUAUAUACGUUACUCUUAUUGGACCUGGUAAAUUCAGACCAUGGGGACAUCUACAUAACAUUUUAAGAUAUUAUCCCGUUGAACAUAUUAAGAACAAGGGUGUUAGCGGAGAAGCAUUAGUCAGAGACAAACAUGUACCAGAAGAAAGAGGGCUAGAACAAAGACCGACAUUAGAUGAAACGUUGGGAGUAUUUCUGGAGAAAUUUGCAUAUUCCAAAUACGACCGAAAAUAA